UCUGCCCUUUCCUGCACACACAGCUCGCCUACACCCUGGCGUCGGGUUCAAAAUGUGUUUGGUUUUUUUUCUGGCAAGGCCUCUCCGGGGCCUUGUUGCCCCGGUGCGACGCGUCGGGCUCCUUCGGGACCGCGGUACCGGGCAGACCCCGCCGCCUGCCUCAGCUGCGUGUUCUGAAGUGCAGAACUUUGCAGCUCAGCCGUGUGAAGUUGCUGCUGCCAAGGCCUCCUGUGGCUCGUUUCCACGUAAAAGUGCCUCGUGCUGCUUCUGCUUAUUUGUUUGCUCUUAGCAAACUAAAGUUUCCUUACGUGGAAGCUCAUAUGGUGCAGGUUUAGGUUUUGGUUUUUUUUUCUGUGGGAACAGAUUGUUUGGGAAAUGGGAGUGUGAGAUUGGUUUGUCUGAAGCUGUCUGUUCCCCCCUUUAUACUCUUAGUCCAAAAUAUUUAUAUUCUUCAGAGAAAACAUUCCUUAGCUAAACAUUUUCUUUAGUCUGGUUUUUAUUCAGGUCAUACCAAAACAAUGUAAGUUUGUGUAAGUUGUCUGCUCAGUUGUUACUUUAGUAUUUCCUCUUGAAACAUAAACAUAAACUGAAAUAUACCAGGCACUUCUAAAGAUGUCACCUCUCAGAAAGCUUAGAGCAUCACUCUUUUUUUUUUUUUUUUGCACCUCUUUCCUUCAUUUCCAAAUGACUUACUGAGGGAGAGAAAGAAUCAUGGCAAGCCCAAGGACGAGGAAAGUUCUCAAGGAAGUCAGAGCACAAGAUGAGAACAAUGUCUGUUUUGAAUGUGGUGCAUUUAACCCCCAGUGGGUGAGUGUGACCUAUGGAAUCUGGAUCUGUCUGGAGUGCUCAGGAAAACACCGAGGCUUGGGAGUUCACCUCAGUUUUGUACGUUCUGUAACCAUGGACAAGUGGAAGGAUAUUGAGCUGGAGAAAAUGAAGGCUGGAGGUAACAGCAAAUUUCGAGAGUUCUUGGAGUCUCAAGAUGACUAUGAUCCCUGCUGGUCAAUGCAAGAGAAAUACAACAGCAAAGCUGCAGCACUUUUUAGAGAUCAGGUAGCUACAGUAGCUGAAGGCAAGGAGUGGUCCAUUGAAACUUCUCCUGCCAGGAACUGGACCCCACCUCAGCCUAAAAUGUCUCUCUCUUCCACUCACCGCAGUUCUGCUGGACAAUCUCAGACUGCAACUUCCUUUUCUGACAAGGCUUUUGAAGACUGGUUAAAUGAUGAUGUCAGCUCCUACCAAGGUGGCCAAGAGAAUCGCUACGUGGGGUUUGGAAACACAGUAAACCCUCCAAAAAAAGAGGAUGACUUCCUGAACAAUGCCAUGUCUUCAUUGUACUCUGGAUGGAGCAGUUUUACAACUGGAGCAAGCAAAAUUGCCUCAGCUGCUAAAGAGGGUGCCAGCAGGUUUGGAUCUCAAGCAAGUCAAAAGUUUUGGGGCUACAAGCAGCAGCCAGAGCCGGCAUCAGAGUUAGGUCAGACAUUAAAUGAAAAUGUUCUCAAACCUGCACAGGAAAAGGUGAAAGAGGGGAAAAUAUUUGAGGAGGUCACCGUGGGGGUAUCACAGCUGGCCAGCAAGGUUCAGGGAGUUGGAAGUAAGGGAUGGAGAGAUGUCACCACUUUCUUUUCUGGCAAACCGGAUGAUAACCAUGAAAGGCCAGCUGAGGGAGAGAGCUACCAGAACAGUGGAGGGGAGGGCUACCAGAACGACGCUGUAGAUCAAAGCUUCUGGGAGACCUUUGGCAACUCAGAUCCACCAAAAGCUCAUAAAUCUCCAAGCAGUGAGAGCUGGACCUAUGUGGACAAUUCCACAGAGAAGAAGAGCUCCGAUAGCUGGGACGUGUGGGGCUCAGGAACAGUCUCCAACAACAAGAACAGUAACAGCGACAGUUGGGAAAACUGGGAGACCAACUGGGAAAACACAGGAGGGGAGAACAAGACCAAAAAACCUCCUAAGCCAACAAAAAAGGCAUCUUCAGCUGAUGAUGGGUGGGAUAACCAGAACUGGUAGAACUGUUAACCCUGUUUUGCACAGCUAGGAAAGGGAGGCUAUGCUGGCUGACUGGGGGGAGAAAGUUUUACACACAACUGGAGUAUCUUUCUUGACUUUACUGAUCUGUUAUUUUUGUUUCCCAUUCAUUCUCCUUCUAUCCCAGUGUAGGAAAAAAAGUAGCAUCUGAAUCUUUUGUUACUUAAGGUGGCUCUCCCUUUUUUAGGGAUAGUGAUGCCUACAUUCUCCUUGCACUAUUGAAGCUGGAUACAGUGACUUUCUUAAUAUGAAUGUUUAAAAGAAAAGAGUCAGUGCAAGCACACUUCUGUGGCACAACCUUGCAUGUGUAUGUUCAUAGGUAUUUGUCCAGCCCUCAUAUCAUUUGGGAUGACCUGAGGGGUUAAGUGCAAGCACAGGACAGGGUGUGUCUGGAAAAGCUAGCCAUUAAAUGAGCAAACUGCAGCUGAAUAGUUCAAAUGCCUUAUGGGUUGCUCUGACCAUAUGUAGUCUGGCAAUUCAAGAUGGUCUUUAAGAUACUUUUUAUUGGAACUUUGUUUUUAAUCUUUGAGAUUAUUAUCUCUGGUUGUUGUUUUUUUUUAGUCUUUUGAAACUAAUUUUCUCCCCUUAGAAUUAGUAAGGGAUCUAGAGCUAGAAAAUUAUCUGUGUGAACUCCUGGGUUUGACCUGAGCUAUCCAAGGAUAUAUCCAGGAUAGCUCUGCUAUGCCCUUCUUGCUCAAGGGGUUCAGAGUUUGCACAGUGCAGAGUUCCUGCACAGACAGAAUGCAAAGCUGUGCUGUUCUCCUUCCUUCCCUGUGCCCUUCAUCCAGCUUGAGUAUUUUAUGUGGUCUGGUUUUCCUCUGUCUUCCUGCUACCCUUUUAUUUUAUCCAUUCUGAUAAAAGUGAAAUCUUUCUGCUGCUUAUGGACUUCUGGGCAUCUGUUUGGCAACUUGACAAUGAAACAAAUUUGUAAAAAAGAUUCCAGUAUGAAAAAAUGGGUGGAAAAUCUGAGAACAUUGAGGAAAGAGGCUGGCAGCAAGCCGUUUUCAAGAUGAACAGAUGUCUGGAUUUAAUAGUAAAGUUUAAAUUAAGCAGAUGUUUUACAAAGUAAUCUUUAAGAUGUCAAACUGUAUCUCUCUUUCUGUCAUGUAUUUCUCUACAUUUUCUUCCUGGAUCUUGUUAAAGAAACACUAUUUUGGAAACUUUAGAUACUCCUUGUCAGCAUUAUGGAAUGGAAUAGCAGAUUCAGUUAUGUCUCAAUUUUGAUCCAGCAAAUUGCUUUGCAUGACACAAACCAUAACUUCUAUAGAAGAACUGUGACUCUGAGGACAAAGGUGUCCUAGGUAUUGCAUUUUAGUUUGGGGGGUGUUUUGAAAAUGUACACUCAGCCCAAAAACAAUCAGCUCAACUGGAAAACUUCAGAUCAUGGUGUCACCCCCUAGUCUGCUUUACUACCAGCAUGGACAUUUUUAGUGCAGAACCUGUAAAAGUUCAUACAUACCUAAAAAGCCUUUCCUUUUUAAAACUUAGUUAUUUUGUUCAAGCAAACAGCUAGCCUGAGUUGUUGAAGUUAGCCUUAAAUAGUUUAAUUUCUUUCUGUCUUCACAGAGGUUUUUGAGCUUAUAGUAAUAUUGAGAGGUUAAAAAGGAAGGAAAAUUACGAAUCACCUCCAAAGUAGCAGACUUUAAGUCUAAGUAGAAGUAAAUCUAUAGCUUGAUGCUGCAUUUCUAUUAGUAGGAUCUUUCAGAAGGUGAGCAAAAUACUUUUCUAGUCUACUCCAGCCUUGUCCUGAGAGAGUUGGGAUUUCUUUUCCCCUUGCUUUUCCUGGCAGCAGGUCUCUGAAGCUCCUGCAGCAGGACCCAGCACUACUGGAGGGGCCUGCGCUGUUCCUGCUGACACCCUGAAGGCACAAGAGGUCUCUGUUCACAACCUUCUUGUGCCUCCUGGGCAGACGUUUGCAGCCUGGCUGUAAAUCAAGGACUUUUGUUCUGGGUUUUCUCCAGUUCCAACUAGACCUGUGUCAUAGCUGAAUUGCAUGUCAAACCUAACGUUGUAUUUUCCUGCAUCCACCUCUGCUGCCCAUUGAGAGCUUCUGCUGGGCAGGAUCUGCCCAGCCCUGGGCUCACGGUUACUCCCCUGUGGAGGCUGCAGGAGCAGGGGUGGCAAAGUGCAUCCCAUGGGUUGCACUGCCUGCUGGUGUCUGUCUGGAGUGAUGUGAGGCCGAUUCAGCUUCCUGUGUACAAAUGUAUGAGUUUCUCUUUUGUAAUCUUCCUGUAAUAGCUCGUAGCAAGAUGAACUUUACCUCAGUCCAUUCAGUCAGCAGGACCGUGAUGUGUGUGUGCACGUUCUCCUCAGCUCUCUGGUUUGCCCAGGAGAAAACUGGUUUAUUUAUAUAGCACUUGCAGCUACAAUUGUCAUGAGCCAUUUUCUUCUGCUUUUGUUUUUGUAUCCCUUGAACCUUUAUGUUCUAAAUUAAACAGCCAGAGCCCUGCUUGGGCAGAAGCUUUGGAUAAUGUUUUUAAUUCUAGUUGAGGAGACAGGGACAGAACAGUUGCUGUCCCUUUUUGCAGUGCUGGAGAGAGGCAACAAAAUGCUACAGCUCCCAGAAGGGGGGGGUACUGGGAGAUACUAACACCAAUAGAAUGGCAGAAAGUGUAACUGCAGCCAUAAAACUAGUGUACCAGCUGGUCUCAGUGUGCCAGGCAAAUUGGUAUUUUUUAAUUACUUGUCUGAAUCUGAACAUUUUACCACAUCUUCCAGAGGAGAGGAUGAAAUGAGGGCAUGUUCCUUAGCAAAGCCCCUGUUUUAUUGGAUUUUACUUUUUUUAGGGUAGAUGGCUGGGAAGUUUGUGCAGUUUGGUGGGAUGCAUGCAGUCGAGGUGCAUGUGUGGAGUGAGUGCUUAUGACCUAGACUUCUUAAAAAUUGUUUUUAUCCUCCCUUCUUUCCCCAAAUCCUCCUUUUUCAGUCUGAUGAUGAGCAUAGUGAGCAGAGGCGUGGAGUGCAGCCUGCUGGAGCUGAGGCCUUCUGUGUAAGUGAUGGGAUGGCUGGGAACCUGAGUGAGCAUGUGGAAUGGCAAGGCUUUAGUGUCCCUGUGUGCUCCACGUGUUUGGUGGAUGAGGAGAGUGUUUCCUGUCAAUCCCACACCAUGUAUUAACAAUUUUAAGUUGUACGAAUUGCCAGGACAGAGCACAGAAGGUGAAGUGACUGCUGGACACUGGAAUGUGUGGUUUAAAUUUCCUGAUGUUUCAGACUGGUUUGUUCCUUUGUAUGGCUUCAACUUUGGAAAACAGAGAGCAGCUGGAUUCCUGCAGAUAGUCUGAAAUAAGAAAAACCUCAAGGCAUCCAAACUAAGUGCCACUUGCGAAGGAAUGAAAGUCUUGGAGGAUAUUCCUGAACCAGGAACCUGAUUCUGUGAGUUAGGGAUUAUUUUAAAAUGUUUGGUUUGUGACUUGAAACCUGUUAACAAUUAAAGCAUUUCAAGACGUGCUUGCUCAGCUGUCCAUCAUAGUUGAGACCUCAAGGAAAAUGCUGCUGCUUUUAUUUUCCAGACCAGACUGUGCAACAUUCCAUGAGUUCAUAAUGUAUUUAUCAGUGUAAUUAUCUGUGCAAUAAUUUAACAAUUGUAGGUAAAACCUUUGCUGUUUAAUCCAGGAUACAUUUAAAGAUACAGUGGUCCUCUUAGAGAGCAGCAGUCUGCCAAGGUAUUUCCAUUCUCAACUUUAGUAAUACUGAAUUUUGAUAACCCUGUUAGAAAGGCUUGAGCAAUCAGUGAUUGAAACAGAAAUGAAGAAACAAUUUGAUGUCCGUUAUUGGAGUUGGAGUAUAAUGGCUUAGUGCCCUCCACUUGUAGAGCCCUCUUCCAUUUCCAUGCCAGCAGAAUCUUGGUCAGGCUGCAGUACUGUAUCUUUAAUUUUCCUGUUGUGUUUUUUGUGAAGUUCACAGGAAUGGCAGUUUCAGUGAACACUAAUCAUUGUUCUGUAGAGUGGUACCAGACUUGAACUGCAGUGUCAUCUUCUCAAGAGCAUUAUAAUAAAGCAAAGAGAUGCAGAGCA